UUAUAUAAAAUUAUAGAAAAAUUACAAAUGGAUUAGUAUUACGUGGUUAAUUGGAAGUUUCAAUGCAGAAAAUUAAAUUUGUAAUUUGACAUGGGUUACGUAUUUCGUGCGCAUAAUAGCAGCACGCACAUUUAAAUGGACUCUUUAUAUUAAAAUGCAAUUGUAUUAUUUUACUAAUUAAUAAAAUGCCUCGAUGAAGAUUUUUAGAAAAUUUUUAUGCAAAUGUAAAAUCAUUGUUUUCAAGUAGAUUUUAUAAGUGAUUUGUAAUAAACAAAAAGAUAGGAUUUUUAUAAAACUAAAAGCUUUUACAUUAUGGAUGCAUGUAGAGAAUUGAAGCAAAUAUAUGACAAUUGCUUCAAUAAUUGGUUUGUGGAAAAAUUUCUCAAAGGUGAUAAUAACGAUGUUCAGUGUGCAACUUUACUUAAAGUGUAUAAAGAUUGUGUUGAGAAAGCAAUGAAAGAACAUCAAAUUGACUUACACGAUGUUGAAAUCAAUCAUCUAGAAACUAAUAAAGAAAAAAUUCCUCCAAGUUGAUGCCAACAAAUAUACUUAUGUAAAUUGGUAUCAAAUACGUAAUAAGACAUAUUCAGUGUUUAUAAAAGUUGAAUAUUAUUUAUACCUCAUCGAAAUUAUAAUCUUAAUAAAACUAAAUUAUUUCCUUCA